CUGGGGUUUACAGGUGGCUCUCGUACACAGACCUAAAGCGUGGAUUUAACGACUUCAUACAGUUUUUUUUUCCUUUGGAAAUAAGUCUUCACACUGAGACGAUUAUUGGCAAAAUUACCAAACUGGCAAUUGCCUGUAUCGUAUAAGAGUUUCUUGACUGCAGAUGUUGGGUUCUGAGUAACCCGCAUUCCUGACAGUUAUUGACAAGGCUCCAGCCGUCUGCGAUCGCCUACCAUCUCGUUGAGGGGACAACGUCGUAAAGUCAUUGACUGUAGGUGCUUAAAUAGGGGUUUUACUACUGCGCCAGGGAAUGUACGGGACAUUCCACUCUGGGUUUCCUCUGUGUGUGGUAUUACACAGACUAUCCAAGACUCUCGGCAUGGGAUUCCUUCUCCCUGGAGACUCCGUCACGAUGUACGACUUGUUCACUCCAACACGGAUGUUUAACGACCUGAACCUUUACUUUAAUUAAUUGGGGGGUUCAUUUUGGCUACAGACAAAAGGAGUCUUUGCAAACAAGUAGACAGAGCUUUGCAACGUGAUCGGAAUAUAGUGAGAUGACCAGAGGGCAAUGGAAAAGCUUUCUCUGCGAAUUGGAAAUACCAUGUGGUUGACUACGUGAUAUUCUUGUGGCUUGACCAAGAACCGUCUUCCUAAUAUUCACGUCAGCGAGGUAAGCGGUGUCAAGGUUGAUAUGAGUACCAGAAGGCUCUCCAAGUCUGACGCUGAUGUUGGAUUUAUGCUCUCACUAUAUACCGAUUAACCCAAGAGUAAGAAUUUAGCUGUUCUCUACACGGGAUAAUUAGACUACGGAUAUGUGAAUUUAGGAUGUCUGUAGUAAGUAAUUAUUGCUGGAGUGUGUUCAAGUUGUGUAAAGAAUGGGUUUCUUUUGUCUUUUGUAAAAGCGAGAAGCUUGAAUUGCUUGUGAAUUUUGAUCGCUUAGAUUGUGCUUGACGACGUUUCGAUGUUUUCCGCUCCAGGAACAGUGUAAUACCUCAAGAAAUACACUGUCUUUCAAACCGCUAUAUUUCUAAAGAAAUGCCAACGGCAUCUGGAAUUCUUGGAGGAUGGUGUUAAUUCAGUAAUUCAGCCGUUGGAAAUGGCUGGCAUUUGUUUCUUCACGGACAGUUUUCGACAUAUCCACUGAUUUGGAUUUAUUCCUGUCGGCUCUACAGACAUAAACAAUAAAGGAGCAUCAGAAAAACAAUAGUGCGGGAAAUUCGUCACAUUUUAGUGAACCACAGUUGAGAAAGGUAAACCCAUACUACUGGUUAACAUGAAAGUACUUCGCGUUUGACGUGUAAUUAGACCAAAGGAAUGUUCUAGAAUUCUACAUGGAUGAGUGGUUGUAUUGGGUGGUGAGGAAACAUUCAGUCGAGCACCGCUUCCUGAGUUCUGAAGAUCAUACCAUUAUGCAACUGAAUAGCCAAAUGGAAAUGAGAGCAACCCUUCUUGGUCUAAUUUUCAUCACCUUGAUGACUUUGGACAUGGUGCUUUGUCGUCAGUCUUGCAACAUUAGCCCGAAACUACGAGACAAGUGGUUCUUCAAAGACAGGAAGAACAAAGGUUUUAUGAGGAUUCGUGCGCAUGCAUUAAUCUACGUCAACAAAGAAAAUAAUACCAAAAUACGAUACAAGUGUUUAGAAAGGCGUGGAAACAUAUAUUUACUGAGAACCCACAGGACACCGAAAAUAAAGAAUGGAGUGUUGUGUUUAGGCUUUAGUUACCUGGGGGUGUCGCCAUACGAGGGGUACGGGAUGUUACGACUCAACUCAAACGGAGACAGUUUCAGUCUGAUCAGUCCCAAGCCCGUGAAUCGCAACACACCCAUCGAGAUUGAUACCUCUUGUGAUCUACUUUAUGGGUCUCGCAGACAAGCCUUUGCCUUCAUCAGGCGAGCAGGUAGUGGAUGCCGAUUUCCAAAAAAGCUGCGCGGAGAGUGGGACAUAACCUAUAUCCACGCCCUAAAGGCAAUUUUCACCCCAAAGACGCUGAUAUACCAUUUGGUUGACCGGUCCACACUAAGCUUGCAUUGUGAUAAACGCGAUGGAAAUUUAUUCCUACUAAGAGCCAAAAACUAUAACAACUCUACAAUGGAUGCAAUCGUAUGUUUUAAAAUCACUCCCCUAACCGGGUCGGCAUAUUACUCCUACGAAUUGUCGCGCUUGAACAGCGGCCAUGAGCUCGACAAUCAACUACGGCUGAUCCCAGCUGAUGAGACGGCCCACAUACAUCAAACGUGUAAUUGGAUUGACAGCCCCGGGAGACCAGAGUUUCUCUAUCAUUGAGUGCCAUUGACAGGAAAUGGCCAUAUGCAUGACAUAUUUCACACUGUGCGACGAUGAAGGAUGAAGUUUAAGUAUAUUGAAACAUGUAGUUAUGCAGCAAAGUUUCAAAUAUUGACCGCAACAAGGAGGUUUAAUUUGAAAGCUAAGGCAAGUUAAAGGAAAGAUAAUGUUCAUUAUUAUGAUAAGUGGAAACAAUGGAUUCCACAGUGAAAUCACGAUGGACAGGGAAAUCUUGGUUUUAUGCAGUAUGAUCUGUGGACAAAAUGGAAUGGGCUAAAAUCACUGCCUUCUCUGUACAAAGUGACGUCAGAGUGUAUACUGAGAGCAUGGAAUUUACAAGAGGCCUAUAAUAUGAUUGGAGAAAACUACCAAAGAUAGAACAAAACACAGAUAUAUCACGGCUGUACAUAUACGUUGCAAAAAGGUGUUGCACGCAAUAAAAGCACAUUAAGACACAAACCACAUCAUAACUUGAAUACGUACAUAUAUAACAAAUCAGUACCUUAUUUUUAGCAACUGUCACACAUGUAUGCAAAUCCUAAUGUAAUGUGCAUGCAAUUUUAGUGAGACAAAUGGAAAACGCAUCCGUAUAUGGGGUGGUUAUCUUUACUGGUAUACGGGAGGAAUGGUGGAUAUGGGAUGAGAUACGUCCAGGCCUCAGCACAGAAAUGGGCAUAUAAACAAUUAACAUGCUUCAUCUUAACGUAGAGGAAUAUGAAGACCAGAUACAUACACACUGUGACUCGGCUGGCGGAAAUGGAGCACCUUAACGAAGGGCGGAAACCCAGUGCAAUUACCAAGUGAGGAAACCGAUGCGGAAACCAAAAGAAUGAGUGAAGUGAAAUGGAGCCUGCAUGUGAUGACAGUACAUGCGGUUAAUUUAUUAAUUAUUAGCUUCCUGAAAUCCAUUACGAAUUGUUUGUUCUUGCCCGCGCAGUUCAGAUUAGCCGUUAAGAUAUCCCUUUUUUGGCAGUUUUUCCUAGCUUCAAUUAUUUUGAGGAAAAUUAUAAUGAAGAUACCUAUAGGCCUUAUUACGAGUGUUCCGAUGAUAAUUUAUGCAGUAUUUGUUUCAUUGUAUACCUUUGAACAAUACAUUGCUACAGGUAUAAUCGUUUUCGUUUGUAAGAAUAUCUUGAUCUAGUUCCUGAUUAAAGGUAUUUGUUUAGUUUC